GAAAGGAACGCAGAGACAUCUGUGAAAACAUCAGACAGCUAUACACGAGGAAAAAACCUAUUUAAGAGAGGAUCUGACGUGGAUAAAGAACCUGUGUGUGGCCGCACUCGAGUCUUUACAACGAACGUGAGGCGUGAAAAUAAAAACUAUGAAGACAUAUUAGAUGACAACAUUCACCAUGUGUCACACCUGGACAAAAUACUCGGUGGUACUUACGUCACUUACGGAUCUAUCCCUUGGAUGGUUGCAAUUAUAUAUGGGAAUCAGCUAAUAUGCGGAGGUGCCGUUAUAAGUGAAUUUUGGUUAAUCAGCGCUGCACAUUGUUUCCA